AUCUCAAUCUGCACUACCUCAUCUCCAUUUAACCCCAGUCUACAGCAGGACCAAAGCCCACCAGAGCAACCGCGGCACUCCCGCCACCCUCUCACCAUGCCCCACCUCACUCACCUCAUCACCUCGAGGCAGGGCCCGUUCCACACGUACGAGUUCUUCCCGCCGCGCACAGAGCCAGGUCUUGCCAACCUCCUCGACCGUAUCGGCCGCCUCUCGGCUGCCCCUCUCAAUGCGCCGCUCGCCGUUUCGGUCACCUGGGGCGCGGGCGGCUCGACAGCCGACCGCUCCCUCGACCUCGCUGAGGCCAUUGUCAAGAUGGGCAUCGAGGUCAUCCUCCACUUGACGUGCACCAACAUGCCGAUUGAAAAGGUGGACAAGGCUCUGCAGCGCUGCCGCGACAUUGGGAUCCAGAACAUCCUCGCCCUCCGAGGUGACGCGCCCCGCGGUGACGAGUACGCCGUCGACGCGAAUGACAACUUUGACGAGUUUGAACAUGCCGAUGAUCUCAUCCGCUACAUUCGCAAGCAGCACGGUGACUACUUCUGCAUCGGUGUUGCAGGCUACCCCACUCCUCACCCCGACUCGGAGAGUGCCGAGUCGGACCUGCAUUACCUCAAGGCCAAGGUCGAUGCCGGUGCCGACUUUAUCAUCACCCAGCUGUUCUACGACAUUGGCGAGUUUGAGCGCUGGGUAAUUGGUGUGCGCGGAGCUGGCAUCGACAUCCCCAUCCUCCCCGGUGUUAUGCCGAUCCAGAACUUUGCCUCGUUCCGCCGCUUGGCCAACUUGACAAAGUGCUCGGUGCCCCCUAACAUCUUCACGGAUCUGGAGCGCAUCAAGGCCGACGACGCCGCGGUCAAGCAGUACGGUGUGCGCCUUGCAACCACCAUGGUGAACCGCCUCAUUGCGUCUGGCCUUGUCAACGGCGUCCACUUCUGCACUCUCAACUUGGAGAAGUCUGUCCGCACGAUUUUGGAAAAGCUCGGCUGGCUCGCUGGCGGAGGUUCCGGUGGGAUCGGGCACAACCAGGUUAUCCUCGACGACGCCCAGGCUGCCCGGCGCCAGCUCGACCAGCACUCCAUCUCGCCCUCUGACGCCAGCCAGCUGGCGCAGUGGGGCCUUGCGCGUGCCCAUGAACAGCAGGCGCGCCAGGCCGCGCAGGCCAAGCCGCCGCCUCCCGCGCUCGGUGAGGACGCAUGGGACGAGUUCCCGAACGGUCGUUUCACCGACGUCCGCAGUCCAGCCUACGGUGAAAUCGACGGCUGGGGAAGCGGAUUAAAGACGACAGUGAGUGGGCUGUAUGGCCGUUCAGCGAGCACCGCUGACGACCGCCAGCCUGCUCAGGCCCUCAAGGACUGGGGAACACCAGCCACGACUGAUGACCUGGCGGCGCUGUUCACGAGGUAUCUCAAGGGAGAUCCUUCGACGCCGACCACACCAUUCUGUGACCUGCCAUUGUCGCCCGAGUCGUCCAUCAUUUUGGACCACCUCGUGGCUCUCAACGGAGCGGGGAAGCGGUACUGGACCGUCGGAUCGCAGCCGGCCGUCGACUCGGCGCCUAGCGACGACCCUCUGCACGGUUGGGGUCCCGCAGGUGGCUAUGUGUGGCAGAAGGCCUUUGUCGAGUUCUUCGUGCCCGCGUCCGAGGUCGACCGCCUCCAGGAGAAGCUUGUCAAGCUCAAGGAUGGCGAAAUCACCUUCUACGCGUCCAAUAAGAAGGGCGAGUACACGAGCAACGUCGCCAAGGACUCGGUCAACGCCGUGACUUGGGCUGCGUUCCCCGGCCAGGAGAUUGUGCAGUCGACCAUCAUCGAGGAGAUUUCCUUCUUGGCGUGGAAGGAGGAGGCGUUUGACAUCUGGAACGAGUGGUCGCUGCUGUACCCGCGUAACUCGCCCGCUCGCAAGCUCCUCGACGAGAUCAGCAACGAGUGGUGGCUCGUGAGCUUGAUUCACCACGACUACAAGGACUCGGAGGGAUUGUGGCGUUUCCUGCUCGACAACUAGCCUCAUUAUCAUAGAAAACUGUGCCGCACUCGUUUGGGAGGCGCGGGACGAACCCAGGAGAAUUGUUCAACCAUCAUUAUUGUAACCCCAGCAUGACAUGCAAGAC